CCGGACGCACGGAAGUGCUGUGGAGUUUGCCCAAUUCCCCAGCCUGCUUUUCCUCCCUCCCUCUCUCUCUCCACCCCUCACGUCCCCCCUCAGCUAUUCCCUCCUUCCUCGGGACGCCACCUCCCGGAAUCGCCUUUUUUUGUUUUGGAGCUGGUUUCUCGCUGGCUGCGCAGAGGGACUGCUAGUGCUGGAGUUGAAGGCGGGCUGGGGGCUCAGCUCGCCGUCCACUGGCUGGACCCCGCGGGGCCGAGAGGAGGACGGAAGGACAGACGGCCGGGUGCGCCAUCAGCUCGCGGGAGCUCACUCUCCAAACUCCUGUUGAGUGUGUGCGUGCGCGCGAGGGGUGGGGGUCUGCUUGUCCAGCGCGCCGGGACCGGUUACUGCGGGGUUUACUUUUGGGCGGGGGUCCUUGGACUGCGAUCAGGGUCAGCUUCAGGCUCAGACACUGCUGGGGAAUUAGGCAAACAAAAGAGGCCACGCAGCUAGUGACCAGAAGUCGCCUGAGCGCCUCGUCGCGCCCUCUCCGUCUCAGAGGUGGGGGCUGGCCACUUGAGGGGCGGGGAGAGGGCGCCCCAGCCGGCUGGGGGCCGGGCUGGGCCGCCGGGGUUGAAGAGUUGGCGGCCUGUUGUGUAAGCCUCAGUCCUUGUUUUCCCUGCCUGGCUUGUUGUGAAGCCGGACACAUCCACCCUUGGACUCGAUUCAGGAGGCUGCUGCUUUUCUCCUUGCCCCUCUUGGAUUUUCUGGAUUUCUGAAAACCCAGUGGCCCAAGAGGAGGAGGAGGAAGGAGGAAGGAGGAGAUCUGCAGAGGAAUGUGAGAGCCUCCCAAGGCCUGAGGAGACAGAAGGAGCUGGGAGCCAGAGCUGCUGGGAUUUCUGGAACGGUGGUUUCUGAGCGAUUCUCUUCUAUUUUAGAACAUUGUUCCAGUGGAGAGUGGUGAAUUCUUGCCCUCUCUGAGCUGGUUUCUCCCAGUCACUUGACUUUUCUUCUGGGAGUGGGAGAAAGAGAGACAUCCCCCCCAGGAGCUGCCAAGGGAAGGGAGAAAGACUAUGGACAUGAGCCCUCCCUGCUCACAUGUGUGUGCUGGGAGACCAGAAAGGGCAGUUUCUGGGCCAUGGACAUUGUUUUGAAGAGAGGAAGGCUGGACAGCAUCUGUGGGUGCAGAGACCCUGCCUAAGGGGCUGAGAGACUGAGUUGCUGUGGCAGGCCUUGAGUCGCUAGUGCAUUCUUGGACACCGUAGUGAGUGUCCCCAGUUCUGGGCAGGACCCUCUCCUCAUCUUUCUCUACCACUGGCCCAGCCAUGGCACUGAAAGGCCGAGCCCUCUAUGACUUCCGCAGUGAGAACAAGGAGGAAAUCAGCAUCCAGCAGGAUGAGGACCUUGUCAUCUUCAGUGAGACCUCGCUGGAUGGCUGGCUGCAGGGUCAGAACAGCCGUGGUGAGACAGGGCUCUUCCCCGCCUCUUACGUGGAGAUCAUCCGUUCUGGCACCAGCUCCAACCAUGCUGACUAUUCCGGCAGCCCUGCAGGCUCUCUGGGCACCCAGGUGAGCUUGUAUGACAGCUCCAGCGUGGCCAACCCUUCCAGGAGUGGUGGGGGCAGUGGCUUCCUCUCAAACCCAGGCAGCUUCGAGGAGGACGAUGAUGAUGACUGGGAUGACUGGGACGAUGGAUGCACAGUGGUGGAGGAGCCACGGGCUGGUGGGCUGGGCACCAAUGGGCACCCACCACUCAACCUCUCCUACCCUGGUGCCUACCCCAGCCAGCACAUGGCCUUCCGGCCAAAGCCACCUCUGGAGCGGCAGGACAGCCUGGCAUCUGCCAAGCGAGGCAGUGUGGUGGGGCGCAAUCUUAACCGUUUCUCGUGCUUCGUGCGCUCUGGAGUGGAGGCCUUCAUCCUGGGUGAUGUGCCCAUGAUGGCCAAGAUUGCUGAGACAUACUCCAUUGAAAUGGGCCCUCGUGGCCCCCAGUGGAAGGCCAACCCCCACCCAUUUGCCUGCUCCGUGGAAGACCCCACCAAACAGACCAAAUUCAAGGGCAUCAAAAGCUAUAUCUCCUACAAGCUCACGCCCACCCACGCUGGCUCACCUGUCUACCGGCGCUACAAACACUUUGACUGGCUCUACAACCGCCUGCUGCACAAGUUCACUGUCAUCUCGGUGCCCCACCUGCCAGAGAAGCAGGCCACAGGCCGCUUCGAGGAGGACUUCAUUGAGAAGCGGAAGCGGCGGCUCAUCCUCUGGAUGGACCACAUGACCAGCCACCCUGUGCUGUCCCAGUAUGAGGGCUUCCAGCAUUUCCUCAGCUGCCUGGAUGACAAGCAGUGGAAGAUGGGCAAACGCCGGGCAGAGAAGGACGAGAUGGUGGGUGCCAGCUUCCUGCUCACCUUCCAGAUCCCCACGGAGCACCAGGACCUGCAGGAUGUGGAGGACCGUGUGGAUACCUUCAAGGCCUUCAGCAAGAAGAUGGACGACAGCGUCCUGCAGCUCAGCACUGUAGCAUCGGAGCUGGUGCGCAAGCAUGUGGGGGGCUUCCGCAAGGAAUUCCAGAAGCUCGGCAGUGCCUUCCAGGCCAUCAGUCAUUCCUUCCAGAUGGAUCCCCCCUUUAGCUCUGAAGCCCUCAACAGCGCCAUUUCUCACACGGGCCGUACCUAUGAAGCCGUGGGUGAGAUGUUCGCUGAGCAGCCCAAGAACGACCUCUUCCAGAUGCUUGACACACUGUCUCUCUACCAGGGCCUGCUCUCCAACUUCCCCGACAUCAUCCACCUGCAGAAAGGUGCCUUCGCCAAGGUGAAAGAGAGCCAACGCAUGAGUGACGAGGGCCGCAUGGCUCAGGACGAGGCAGAUGGCAUUCGCAGGCGCUGCCGCGUGGUGGGCUUCGCCCUGCAGGCCGAGAUGAACCACUUCCACCAGCGCCGUGAGCUCGACUUCAAGCACAUGAUGCAGAACUACCUGCGCCAGCAGAUCCUCUUCUACCAGCGGGUAGCGCAGCAGCUGGAGAAGACGCUGCGCAUGUACGACAACCUCUGACCCCGUGCACCUGGCCCCUCCCCGCCCCUGGGCCUGGUCGCUGCAGUCCACUCUGCUCUCCAGACAUCCCGCCCCAGCAGUGUCUGAGGGGCUUGGGGGUGGGCUUUGGAGGAGUGAUGGGUACCCGUGGGGAAGUCUCCACCCCUUAGAGGUGGGGGCACAACAGGGGUGAGAAUGGGGCCAGGAACCCUCUAGGCUGAGGCCUGGGCUGCUGGUCAGUCACUUGAGGCCAGGCCAGGGUCUUAGCCUCCCCUAGAGCCUACAGCACUCACUCACCUGGCCACCCGCCCUCAUUCAUUCAGCAGACACCGGGGCCUGCUGCCGCCCCAGGUCAGAUCCCGGGCACCAGGGCUGCAACACGCCUG